ACGCAGCCCUCAAAAGCCCGGAGGUGGGGGGAUGGGGAUGGCAGCUCUCUUUAAAGCCUCGGUCCCCCAUUGUCCCUAUACUUCCCCGGGGCGUUCAUCUUUCUAGUCCCUUUCUAUGCAGUCCUUAAGUCGUUUAUCUAACCAAGGCUCAUCGCUAAUAGAUGCUGGUGUCGUUCUCAUCCUGGAAACAGGUGUCUCGAGGAUCCAGGAAGCGAAGAUCAGAUGGCAGCGAGGAUCUGUACCAGGCUUGGCUCAGAAUGUCCAACCUGCAUGAGCAGGUUUACCUCCGAGGUGUCUAGAGAUUAGGGGCACCCUGGACUGGAGCAGAGCCAGGCCGGGAUAAGGAGGGCUAAGGAGGCUGCGCCUGAGCACUCCCCGCCUCCGCGCUGUCUGCCGUCGGGCCCCGCCCGGCGCAGCCCUAACGCACGCACCGGAGUGUGUAAGGCACAUCCGGGUGUCAGAAGCAGGAGGCCGCGGCUUUAGGGGUCCGAAGAGGGUCUUGGGAAUCCUAGGCAACACACCAACUCCUAGCCAGAAGCGCGAGCACCUGCACGGCUCCGGGUUCAGACCAGAGCACCGGUCCAGCCCUUGCCGCGGAGUCCCCUGCCGGCUGGCUUCAGGAACCACCAGAAGGAAGCAGAUCAUCUAACAACUUGGUGCAACGAUGCUGGCUGCCCGGCUCUCCAGACCCCUGUCACAGCUCCCAGGAAAAGCCCUAAGUGUCUGUGACAGAGAAAAUGGGAGAAGACACACACUGUUGUUUUACCCAGCAUCCUUCAGCCCUGGCACUAGUCGGACCUACGCCAGUCAGGCAGAUGUGGCUAGUGGCAAAGCUAUCCUGAUUACAGGCUGUGACUCUGGAUUUGGAUUCUCUUUGGCCAAGCAUCUGCACUCAAAAGGUUUCCUUGUAUUUGCUGGCUGUUUGAUGAAGGACAAAGGUGAUGCCGGGGUCAAGGAGCUGGACAGCUUGAAGAGUGACCGGCUGAGAACCAUCCAGCUUAAUGUCUGCAACAGUGAAGAGAUAGAGAAGGCGGUGGAGACCAUCCGCUCCAGCCUGAAGGAUCCUGAGAAGGGAAUGUGGGGCCUGGUUAACAACGCAGGCAUCUCAACGUUUGGGGAGGUGGAGUUCACCAGCAUGGAGACAUACAAGGAGGUGGCCGAAGUAAACCUCUGGGGAACCGUGCGCACAACAAAAUCCUUCCUUCCCCUUCUCCGAAGAGCCAAAGGCCGUGUGGUUAACAUCAGCAGCAUGCUGGGCCGCAUGGCCAACCCAGCCCGUUCGCCAUACUGCAUCACCAAGUUCGGGGUCGAGGCCUUCUCGGACUGCCUGCGCUAUGAGAUGCACCCCCUGGGUGUGAAGGUCAGUGUAGUGGAGCCUGGCAACUUCAUAGCUGCCACCAGUCUCUACAGCCCUGAGCGUAUCCAGGCCAUUGCCAAGAAGAUGUGGGAUGACCUGCCUGAGGUCGUCCGCAAAGACUACGGCAAGAAGUACUUCGAUGAAAAGAUCGCCAAGAUGGAGACCUACUGCAACAGUGGUUCCACAGAUACGUCCUCUGUCAUUGAUGCUGUCACACAUGCUCUGACGGCUGCCACCCCUUACACCCGCUAUCAUCCCAUGGACUACUAUUGGUGGCUGCGGAUGCAGAUCAUGACCCAUCUUCCUGGAGCCGUCUCUGACAUGAUCUACAUACACUGAAGAGCUGAAGAAGCCCCCUGCGGCCUCCGCCAGGGAACCUGGUGGGAGGGAGAAGGAUGAGGGGAGGAAGUUCAUACAGUUACCUUUUGAUUAGCCAUUGUGGAUUAUCCACUGUCUUAGGAAGACCUAUUUCAACCUUAUGUGUUCAAUGUGGUGAAUGGUUUGGUCUUUCACAAAUAUGGGGGCACAGGUGGGUGGCCCUAAACCUCAAGGCCAAUAUGGUGCUUCUGUCUAUCUCGAGUUGAUUUUAUAUAAAGAUUUGUGGGGAAAUACCUUUAUAUUAAGGACAGAUUAUUAGAAUAGAAUCCAAAAAUCAUUUUCAAGCCAAAACAUCCAUUCAAAAUAUGUAUCCCACUUGAUCCUUAAGCAAGUCUCUUGAGUAAACAGAACAGAAUUUUUUUCUUGUGUGCAUGAAAGAAUUUGCAGAUCACAGAGAACAUAUGGCCACACCUCUUUCAUUGUAUGGAAGGGGUCCCACUAGCGUUUUGGCAAAAGCACAUCACAUUUGUGUUCCCCAGACACUUGAACCCAUCAGCCCAGGAACCCUCUGACCAACCUGUACCUUCUCCUGAGCCAGUCACACCAGAGGUCAUUGUGUGUGUGGUGUCUCUGCAUAUCCGUGGCACUGUGUGACUGGUGGCCAGCAGCCAGUGACUCUCAGCUGGCUCGGCGGGGUAGGGGAUCUAGAGAUUUUUUCAGCUGAGAUUUCGACACUCUCUUUCAAGACUCAGGUUAGAUCUGGGUGGAGAUGCUGUUCGGCUGAGAAGUGCAGCUUGGUUUUGCCUAGGACAGGAUUGGUGCUAUGCUUGGUGCUGCAGACAGACCAGUGGUGCCUAGGUGGGCACCAAGACGCUUGCCCAGCAAAGGGUCUAGAUGCCUGAUAGUCUCGUGUGCUCGUGUGGUGCUCACGCAUGUACACACACACACACACACACACACACACACACCAGCUCCACAGACUUCAGGGUGGUCACCUCUUCUUGGUAUUGGGAACUUCUUUUUAAUUAAGCUGAGAUGCUGCUAGACAGCCUGUGUUGCCAAUCAAGGAACCUUUGAAUUGGAAGGCUGUUUGUCCCUGAAGUUUCCCACGGUCUGGGUAUUUGGAUCCAAACCAAAUACCACCAUGUUCCAGGUGGCAGCAAGUCUUGGGCAGGGAAUUUAAGUGCCAACUUUACACAUCUCAGCUUUACCCAUUUGUUUCAAAGUCUAGGACUGCCACUAGAGGGAGCCCUGCCUCCUCAGCUAGAGCCUGCUCACGCUCGGGAGUCUUGGUUCACACAAGCUUGAGGUCUUUCCAAGAGUGUUUGACCAUCUACUUGGACACUGCCUGGGAACAAAGAGAGAAGCAAAGCCCCCUUGGAAAGUGAUCCUACACUCCUGGCAGUGUCUAGCCUGAAACUGGAGCUUAGAGACGGGAGAAAGCAAAGGAAAGGAACUCAGAUAGCCUCAGCAGAGUGCAGGCAGUGCUGAGGCAAAGAGGGUCCCACAGAGCGAAUUCAGCCUGCCUUUUGGGCUUUUGACCCCUCUGGAUUCAAACAGAGGUGCACUGUUCUAGCUCCUGUCUUCAGAGCAAGGCAACUAGGACCUGGGAGGGAAUGAGAGAGGGAGCCAGGGCCCGUAGAGGGACUCCUGAUGACAAGUGUACCUGACAGUGGAAUGCCUUUGUAUGGUAGAGCCUGCCUCCUGCUGGAGUCUUUCAGUGACAUUUUACACCCUGGGAGAAUUUGUACUCGUGUUUAAUAAAGAGAUUGGUCGCAACACUCA